AGAAAUGCCGCAGGCUUUUUUCUAAUAUUAUUGAACCGCCAAGGGCUAAGGCAGGUAAAAAAAAGAUGGUCCCAAGGCAAAACUAGCAUUGUCUUUUCCUCUGUUGUCUGUCUCGUCAGUGUAUAACGUGGGUCCCACGCCAAACCCUAAAAACAGAGCAAGGCAGAGCUCCUUUCAUUUAUGCCCCCAACGGAUCUUUCUUCCCCUUUUUAUCUCUUUCCUUCCCUUGUGCUUAUAUAAUAAAACCCUUUUUCCUUUUUAAUCUUUUCAUUUGUUUCUCUUUUAUUUCAUCAGCUCAAAAAUUUCCAUUUUCAUUCCUUUUGGUCAAAAGCUAGGCAGUAUGCAUAUCUGGGUCUUUGUAGGGUUUUGUAAUUUGUUUAGUUUGUGAUGUGUGGGGUUUGGCUGGGUUUUUAAAUACUCUUUGGAACUGGAUUCCUGUUUUGGAAAAAAAAAUGGUUUGGUAUAUUAUAUUCCCUUUCAUUUUCAUCUGUAGAUAUUUUUUAAUUGGGGGUUCAAUAUUCUAGGGUGUUCUUAUUUACUUCUUCAUUCUCAAAAGUUUUGGCUUUUCUUCUUUUUUCUUUUUUCUUUUUUUUUUGUCAUAAUCCAGGAACUUUUACUCUUUUACUACCAAGGGGUUUUAGGGUUUUGCCCUUUUUUGGAGAGCACCAUUUGUUUUCCAAUUAAGGAACCAUAAAAAAAAAAGCGAAAACUUUGAGCUUUUUCUUGCAAUUGGGUCUGAGAAUUUUCUUCCCAACCCUUCAAAUUCUCCAAAUAGCCUCCGCAAACGGAAAUUCCAAAAAUUUCCCUGGUUUUUAUUUUAGGUUUGUUUAUUUCCUUGUAUCAACCCUGAAUUUAAGGGCAUAAAUAAACUUGAAAUUUGAACCUCAGCUGCUCUUAUCUAAUUGCUAAUUCUCAAUUUCUGCUUUGUGUGUCUGUAGUUUUUUCUUUCCUAAGUAUUGAAUUUCAUGUUUUUACGUGAAUUCUAAUUGAGUGAUAGAGUUGUAGAACUUGAAUUCCCAUAGAAUUUUGAAGGUAUUUUCCCUUGUUGUUAUCUACAGAUGUCUUCGUGUUUAAGCGGAGGCGGCAGGGCCUAUGCUUUAGACCUUGAAAUAAUAAAAUCUCCAUCUACUUCAACCAGGAUUUCUCAAACAUCUUCUUCAACUUCUUCAACCCUCUCUGAAUCCAGCAAUUCCCCACUCGCAAUCUCCACUCGAAAGCCUCGAACCCCUCGAAAACGCCCCAACCAAACCUACAAUGAAGCUGCAGCCCUCCUUUCCACUGCCUAUCCCAACCUAUUUUCCAGUAAAACCCUUGCAAAACCGCUUAAAUUCACAAAGGCUCAGGACUCUUUCUUCCAUGAAUCUUCUGAAGUGUUGUUGCCUUUCCGUAUAAUUGACGACUCUGGUUUCUUGCUCCAGAAUCAACCAAUCCGACAAAAACCCAGUUGCCUAAUUGAGCCAAAAGUCGUGAAUUUUUGUGACAAGUCCUGGCAAAGUACUAGUGGAGAAGUCAAUUCCCAUGGAGGAGGUGGAGGUUCAAUGGAAAUGGAAUUCAGCACUGAAUUCCAAGAAGAUUUCGAUGCAGAGUCGAUUCUGGAUGAGGAAAUUGAGGAAGGUAUUGAUGGCAUUAUGGGGAAACUUAGCGUCAACCAGGAGACAUUGUCCAAUGGUACAUGUCAGACUGCCCAAAUUAGCCAAAUUAGUUCAUGGUAUGGGAAUCCGAUGGGAUACGGAUUUGGUGGGAAACUUGAAUUCGGGUUGGGGUUGGGAUUAAGGAGAGGAAUACGAGCAUUGAGACAUGUUGAUGAAGGAAGUUGGUGGAAUUUCCCAACUGUAGAUGUGCUACAAAUCUCACCAAGAACUAAAACUAAGGCGGCCACUACAACAACAACCAGUAGAGCUGAGAAGAAGAAGAAAAAGAAGAAGGCAAUUGUUAUGAUGGAAGCAAAGAGUUGGGAAAUGCCAAAAGAAAACCCCCCAAAUCCCAAGCCAAGUCCUGGGUUGCAAUUAAAAUUGAAUUACGAUGAGGUGGUGAAUGCCUGGUCAGACCGUGGCUCCCCAUUCUCAGAGGAAUCUCCAGGGUCUGAAGUUCCCGGAAAUGAUGUCUAUACUGAUUUAUUCUGGGAGAGAGAGGCGAGUGUCCUUCGCUACAAAGAAAGGCGACGUACGGGCCUCUUCUCGAAGAAGAUCAGGUAUCAAGUCAGAAACGUCAAUGCUGAUCGACGGCCCAGAAUGAAGAUUGAAGGUACGUUGGUAAAUGUUGUCGCAGGGGCGAUUUGUAAGAAGGGCAAAUUGUUCUACCACAAAAGUGAAGGAAAUAAAAGUUAUUAAGGUGAUGAAGACUCGUUGUUAAGAAGAAGAGCAAACCUACAAGUUUUGCCUGCCUUACUAUUUAUAUUUCUCUUUUUCUGGUCGUUGGUUUUUUAUGAAACUUAUUUUU